CACCUGAGCUCCAAAUCCGCACGUUACAACUGCGCGUCUGGAGCGAGUGAAGGAUGGAGCAGAACUGAAUACGAUGAGGAUAUUAUUUAUUUACUGCUCGACUUUCUUCACAAACAGAAACAGCAGACUCCAAAGGCUUUUCUGAAGGGAGAGAGGGUUCUGUGGAGUGGUGCGGCUGACUAGCAGGUUUCAUUGAAGCAUCACCAACACCAUGUGGUAAAGUGCACAGGACUCAGAGCACCGACUGAACUACAAAGUUGCAAAGACUUGACUACACCAGCUGUCCUCAUGGCUCACCCUUAUGAGCCCUGGUUACGGACAGCGCCCUCCAGUGGCAGCUCAGAGGACAUGAACAUGGCCCCCUGGUGGGACCUGCACCGGGACCCUGCGGGGAGCUGGUUGGACCUGCAGCCAGGACAGGGGCUGCCUUCGGUCAGUCCAGGAGGGUCCAUGGGGCUACAGUCAGGGCUGCAGUCCUCUUUAGGGCCAUACGGCUCUGACCCUCAGCUGUGCAGCCCGCAUGCUACUCAGCACGUACCCCCCUCUCAUACGUCUCACCUUUUUCCUGACUUCAAAAUGGAGCCCAUUGCCCCUGAAAUGCUCCCACAGGAGCCUUACCCACUGGAGGAGCCACAGGAAAGGGCCGUUUCAGUGCGUCCCAAACCUAAUAGGCGCCCCUCAUCACGGGGUGGGGGGCAGGCCGCAUGCCGCUGUCCUAACUGUGUGCAUGCAGAGCAGUUGGGGCAGAGUGCAGACGACCGCAGGAAGCACAUGCACAACUGUCACAUCCCAGGCUGUGGGAAGGCCUACGCCAAGACCUCCCACCUCAAGGCUCACCUGAGGCUGACCUUACAGCAGUUUAAGCUUGGAUUAAGGCAGGGCUGUUGA